AUUCCAUCAGCAAGAUUUCAUCAGUUUAAUCAGAAAGUUUCCAUGUAAACGGUUGUUCAAAAUGUCCAGAAGUCUUCUUUGGAAAAAAUUGAAAUCACUUGCCAUUCUUGCAAGUGGAGGUACAGCUACUUUCGUUGCUAUAAGUUUGUACCAAGGGAAUGAAGCCUUCUACUCCAAGACAGUCAUGCCUGCUAUACAUAGGGUUUGUUCUCCAGAAACUUCCCAAAAACUUGGUUUGUUUGCAGCAAAGUGGGCACUGAUACCAAAGUGCAAUGUUCAAGAGGAACCAGUAUUGAGGACUGUUUUGUGGAAUCUGGAAUUUCCAAACCCUAUUGGUAUUGCGGCUGGUUUAGAUAAGGAUGCUGAAGCUCCAUCAGGCCUCUUUAGGACUGGCAUAGGGUUUUUAGAAGUUGGAACUGUGACUCCUCUACCUCAGAGUGGCAAUCCAAAGCCCCGCAUAUUUCGUCUGCAUGAAGACCAAGCAAUCAUCAAUAGAUGUGGUUUCAAUAGCAAAGGUCACAAAUAUGUGAAAAAACACUUGGAAGUUAGAGAGAAGAGAGGUGUUCUUGGAGUAAACUUAGGAAAAAAUAAAGAUAGUGAAGAUGCAGCAGAUGAUUAUGUACAAGGCAUAAAUGAAUUUGCCCUUGUGGCAGAUUAUUAUACUGUAAAUGUUUCUAGUCCUAACACCCCCGGCUUGAGAUCUUUACAGGAAAAGCAAUCACUGGAAGUAUUGCUUGACAAAAUUCUUGAAGCUAGAGAAAUGAACAUAAAAAAACUACCCAUAUUGUUAAAAAUUUCUCCUGAUCUUUCAUAUGAAGAAAAGAAAGACAUAGCACAAGUAGUUAUGAGAAAAGGGAAGCGAAUUGAUGGAUUGGUAGUAUCAAACACUACUACAUCUAGACCAGAUUUUCUUCAGAGCGACAAUAAAAUGGAAUCUGGAGGAUUGAGUGGGAAACCGUUAAGAGACAUUAGUACCUCAGCAAUUAAAGAAAUGUAUCAUUUAACCAAAGGUGAGAUUCCAAUUGUUGGUGUUGGAGGCGUAUUUUCAGGGGAAGAUGCCUAUGAGAAAAUCAAAGCUGGAGCAUCUCUUAUUCAACUUUAUACAUCCCUAACCUAUGAAGGUCCUCCAAUCGUUGGUCGAAUAAAGCGAGAGCUGCAAGAACUGUUGAAAGCUGAUGGCUAUACUCACAUUAAAGAUGCAGUUGGAUCUUUGCACCACAGAUGAUAUUUGGAUUUUAGAUCUGAAAUUAGGAUUUAAUUAGAUAUAUUUAAAUAAUAUACUUGGUCAUUGAGAACACCUGUCUUAGGUAAAAAGAUUUGCUAUGGCAGUUUCUUGUUAAAAAUAGUGAUUGAAAAGUGAAAGCUGUCAGCAUGGGAAAGUGGAAAGAACAUGAAACAGCAUGGAUGUGGUUAGAAACAGCAGUCCACACCCUCACGUAUUAUAUAUGUAUUAUUUAUUGUGUUUUUCUUCAUUUUUUAAACUGUAACUCAUUAUUGAUUGAAUCUAUAAAUAUUCAAUUUUGUGUAAAAGUCUUUUUUUAAACGUAUAUGUUUUUAAUG